UGUUAAUAUGAUUCUGAGUAACACUUUUAUAUGCUCUACAGGAUUGUGAUCUGGAAAGAUAUUUAGAUUCACAAGGCUUUUUUUUUUUUUUGAAAAUAGAUUCACAAGGCUUGAAUUGGGAUCAUCAAAAUAUGAGGCGUUUCCUUCCACAAUUGGUUUUCGUUACAAAAAGCAACUUUGAUACUGGAACUCGUGGCUUCGUUCAUAGAAUUGGUGCUGAAAAACGUAGAGACGCUAGUUCUAGGGUUCAAAUUUUACUAUUGGUAUAAUUAUAUUUGAUUAAAGUAAGCCUUAAAUGGAUACGAAUUUAAAGCAAACCUACUAUAAUGUACUGUAGAGAAUUUUUUUUUUAAAAGAUAAAUUUCUUAUAUUAUAUUAUUUAGAAAUCAAGGGGCGUAUUUUCUCCAUUGGUUUGACUAUUUGAGUAAGAAUCAUGAUACGGUUAGUAAAAAAUAGAUAUAUCUAUUUGCUUUAAAUUAUCAGGUACUAUACUUCUCAUUACUGGGGAUAAGGACUUUGCAACUCCUAUAUGGACAUGAGACACCGAGGGUUUAAAAUCCUCCUAGGCAUAAGACAUCCUAACACCAUCGAACUUAGAAGGAGUGCUGAUAUCUCAUGGGACAUUCUUGAUAUGGCUCAAGGACCCUUACCGCCCCCCUUACGUGGCAAUGAUUUCCGCAAUUUCCCAAUGAAGCAUCCCAAAGCCCGUCUUACUGGUGACUUACGAAAGCGAUUGACAGCUGUGUUUUGGGAUAUGGACAAAGCACCUGUUUCGUAUAGUACUACUACAAAAGAACUGUGGGACAAGAUUUCUGCUAUUCUGUGUAAACUUGAGUGUUGUCUUUAUCCCAGACAGAUCAUUGGAUAUGGCAGUGAAGGAUCGCUUAAAAUCUUAGACGAAGCUCCGGGCGCACAACUAUGGGAACAAAAUACAGUGCUGAGGCUUGUCCGCAAAAGAGAGCUGCGUUGUUCAUAUUCAUAUUGUGACGAUGUCUUUCAGGAGAAAGAUGCAGGGCCAAAGGAGGAUAAAGCUGAACUUCUGAUAACCUCCGAUCCGGAUUUCACUUUCACAAUGGCCUCACUGAAAAAAAAGAAACUUCACAGUGAUAUUAGCCCGACCCAAAGGCGAAGAAGAUUCUAGUGAAAAGCUUGAAGAACAUGAGGAAUAUGCAGAUCACGUAUUGGAUUGGUAGCUAGAAAAGGGAAAAUAUUAGCUUGUUAACUAGAAUUUUACAAUUAAUUUUCUAGAUAUUUUUGUCGCUUGUUGCUUAUGAGUUGUCUCGAGUUUCCCAGUCCAACGCAUUUCCUUUGUUCCCUAAACAUAACCAAUCCCAUCAAGAUUAUUAUGAACUACAAACAAGAGACACAUGAUCAACUAACUAACAACCUUAAACCGAAGAACCAAACACACCACCAUCAGAAUCACAAGUUAGCAUCUUCUCUGGUUUCUUUCUAUGUUUUCGGGUGGAGGUUUUCUUUCACGCUUUAGUGUAUCAUGUUUGCGUCUUCCACUUCUUCUUUUGGAUCCUCUUGCUCUGGUCUCCUCUUAUGGAAAGCUUCUUUCUUCUCUUCUGCACUUCUUCUUCUAUGACCAACCACUAUUCUCUCCUCAGAGAACUCAACCACAUUCGGAAGCAAAUCAUAGUCUUUUUCGCUCUCACUGAGCUCACCUC